CUCUUCCUGCCUGAGGAGAGGCGUCCUGGAGCUGGGAGAGGCAGCUGCCUCGGCCCUCUUCGUGGAGCGAAGAGGGUGCCUCCGUGCAACUAUGUCCUAGAUUGUGUGCAAAUACUUUUGAAAAUGCUGUCAGGACUCUUCCGAAUGCAUGGCCUUUUUGUGGCCUCCCACCCAUGGGAAGUUAUUGUGGGAACUGUAACUCUUACCAUCUGUAUGAUGUCUAUGAAGAUGUUCACUGGCAAUGAUAAAAUCUGUGGCUGGAAUUACGAAUGCCCUAAAUUUGAAGAGGAUGUUUUGAGCAGUGAUAUCAUAAUAUUGACAAUCACACGAUGUAUUGCAAUCCUUUAUAUAUACUUCCAGUUUCAAAAUUUGAAGCAACUUGGCUCAAAAUAUAUUUUGGGUAUUGCUGGGCUAUUCACAAUCUUCUCAAGCUUUGUCUUCAGUACAGUGGUGAUUCAUUUCCUUGAUAAAGAAUUGACAGGCUUGAAUGAAGCACUGCCAUUCUUCUUGCUUCUGAUUGACCUCUCCAGAGCUAGUGCAUUAGCUAAAUUUGCACUCAGUUCCAACUCACAGGAUGAAGUAAGAGAGAAUAUUUCGCGUGGGAUGGCAAUCCUGGGCCCUACGUUUACACUGGAUGCCCUUGUUGAGUGUCUUGUUAUUGGUGUUGGCACAAUGUCUGGAGUAAGACAGCUUGAAAUCAUGUGUUGUUUUGGCUGUAUGUCUGUUCUUGCCAACUACUUUGUCUUCAUGACUUUCUUUCCAGCCUGUGUGUCACUGGUAUUAGAGCUUUCACGGGAGAGUCGAGAAGGCCAUCCAAUAUGGCAGCUUAGUCACUUUGCACGUGUUCUGGAAGAAGAAGAAAACAAACCAAAUCCUGUAACACAGAGGGUCAAAAUGAUUAUGUCUCUAGGUUUGGUUCUUGUUCAUGCUCACAGUCGCUGGAUAGCAGAACCCUCUGCUCAGAACAGCACAACUGAAAUAUCUAUGGGCCUGGAUGAAAAUGUUCCAAAGAGAAUAGAGCCUAAUGUUUCUUUGUGGCAAUUUUAUCUUUCUAGAAUGGCCAGUAUGGACAUUGAACAAACAAUUACACUUGGCUUAGCUCUUCUUCUUGCUGUCAAGUACAUCUUUUUUGAACAAACAGAGAUGGAAUCCACACUUUCAUUGAAGAACCCAAUAAUAUCUCCAAUAAUGAUUCAGAAAAAAGUUCCUGAAAAUUGCUGCAGAAAACAGUCUAUUCCUUUAAAAAAUAAUCCCAGUUUAAGAAAAAUGGGUGAUAGUCAAGUUGCCAAAGAUGGAAAAGAUUUCAAUGUUGACUUUUAUGCAGAUGAGAUUGUAAAGCCUCUCCAAUCAGAAUCACCUACGAAGGCCAUAUUUGUGGUUGGUGAUAAUUCUGCUGAAGCAGCUCUCAUCAAUAAUGGAAAAGAGUCUGGAAUAGAAUCGCCUAAAGAGAUGCGGCCCCUUGAAGAAUGUCUUUGUAUACUUCAGAAUGCUAAGAUGGGUGCUAAAUUCCUCUCUGAUGCAGAAGUCAUUAGUUUAGUCAGUGCAAGGCAUAUUCCUGCUUAUAAACUGGAAUCUUUGAUGGAAACUCAGGAACGUGGUGUAUCCAUUCGUAGGCAAAUAUUAUCUCAGAAGCUUCCUGAGCCUUCAUCUCUACAGUAUCUUCCUUACAAGAAUUAUAAUUAUUCUCUGGUGAUGGGUGCUUGCUGUGAAAAUGUGAUUGGAUACAUGCCAAUUCCUGUGGGUGUGGUUGGCCCACUUCUUUUGGACAAGAAAGAGUUUCAAGUUCCAAUGGCAACAACUGAAGGAUGCCUGGUGGCAAGCACAAACAGAGGAUGCAGAGCAAUAUGUCUUGGUGGAGGUGCUAGUAGCCGUAUUCUAGCAGAUGGAAUGACACGAGGACCUGUAGUACGACUACCCACAGCCUGCCAGUCUGCCGAAGUGAAGGCUUGGCUUGAAACACCAGACGGAUUUAAGAUAAUAAAAGAUGUAUUUGAUAGCACUAGCAGAUUUGCUCGUUUGCAACGGCUUCACAUUGCUUUGGCUGGCCGCAAUCUUUAUAUUCGCUUCCAAUCUAAGACCGGUGAUGCAAUGGGUAUGAAUAUGAUUUCAAAAGGUACUGAGAAAGCACUUACAAGGCUUCAAGAAGAAUUUCCUGAUCUCCAUAUUGUAGCUAUUAGUGGCAACUACUGUACAGAUAAAAAAUCAGCUGCCAUAAAUUGGAUAGAGGGGAGAGGGAAAUCUGUGGUCUGUGAAGCAGUUAUUCCACAAAAAGUUGUUAAACAAAUACUGAAGUCAACCACACAAGCUAUGAUUGAAGUCAACGUCAACAAGAACUUGGUUGGCUCUGCCAUGGCUGGCAGCAUAGGUGGCUAUAAUGCUCAUGCAGCUAACAUUGUCACCGCCAUGUACAUAGCAUGUGGACAGGAUGCAGCCCAGAAUAUCACCAGCUCAAAUUGUAUUACUUUAAUGGAAUCUAGUGGGCCUACCAAUGAAGAUCUUUAUAUCAGUUGCACAAUGCCCUCAAUAGAAAUUGGCACUGUGGGUGGAGGAACCAACCUGUUACCCCAGCAAGCGUGUUUGCAGAUGCUGGGUGUGCAAGGAGCAAGUGCAGAUAACCCCGGAGAAAACGCCCGUCAGCUUGCUAAAAUUGUAUGCGCGACAGUAAUGGCAGGAGAACUGUCUCUAAUGGCUGCCUUAGCUGAAGGGCACUUGGUUAAAAGCCACAUGAUCCACAACAGGUCAAAAAUAAAUUUGCAAGAUCUUCAAGGAACAGGUACCAAGAAAACUGUUUGAACACUGACAGAGGCUUGAAGCAACUGUGGCACAUUGAAAAAUGAAGAGAAAUGACAGAUCUGUGAACUUCCAAAGGAAGAUAAAUAUUCAAACAGUGAAUUGUUGGAAAGAAUCUUAGGAAAAUCAUUGAGUGUGUAGUUUGCAUCCAGUUUCCUAAUUCCUUUUUCCUUUGUCUACCAUAAAUGGAUGCUUAUCUAUGGAAAAUAUUGCAGAUGGGUUUUAUUUUUUUACAUGGGCCCUAGUUUAUUCCGAGUCAUGCAUUUUACAAAAUGUGCUCCAAGUAGUCUACACAAGCUUUCUAAGAAUGUCAGACUGUUAGUUUUUGGAGUUACAAUAUUCUCCUUUGGCAUACUAAGAGGAAAUACAAGUUGCAUAACUUUUUUGUUGUUGUUUUUAGACCAAUCCAUACGGUUACUUUGCAAUAUUCAUCAUCAUCAUGGUUAUGAGGCUAACUUGGUAUGU